AAAGCCAUUUAUCUCAUAAUUGCUAUAAAAACGCAAUAUGGUUUGAUAAUCGGAAAAUCCCAAAUAUCAGAAAUCAUGGAUCCAAAUCUAAUUUUAAAUUCUAAUAACAAUGACUCCUCAGAAUAUUCGGCAUUUAAUAACAAUCAAUUAACGUUGGUUUCUUCCGCAAAAGUUACGAAUUCCAUUAACAGAAGAAGAAAUGGAAAGAAAUACGGAAAAUGUACGAAAUGCGGAAAAAGGAGAAUGUGUAUGGUAGAAAAUCCCAAUAUCUGCCAAUUUUGCUAUAAUGAUCGAUUUCUAAAAGUCAGUAGUGGUAUCAAAGAUGUCGACGAUUUUAUUAGAAGGACAUUAGCGAAUGGCAUGAAAUUACGAUGGAUUCCUUAUGGUGAUUUUAAAAUAAUCAAAAAAAUAGGUCAAGGCGGUUUCAGUAAAAUAUUCAAAGCAACUUGGAAUAAGAAGAGAGUAAUUUAUGAUGAAGAAAAGGGAGAUGUAGAAAAAGUAACUAAAAAAAAUGUUGCAUUGAAGAUUCUUAAUGACUCGAGUGAAGCUGAUUUGGAAUUUUUAAGAGAGGUAACAUCCUAA